AUGAUCGUCAUCGUGGACCUGCUGCUGAUGCUCAUAGACCUCACCUACUCCAUCGUGAGCGCCGUCAUCCAGACCAUCCUCCGGCCGAGGCUCAAGUGCGUUGACGGGGAGCUCUGUCUGAUCACUGGGGCCGGGGGCGCGCUGGGGCGGCUCUUCGCCCUGGAGUUCGCCAAAGAGGGGGCGCAGCUGGUGCUGUGGGACUGUAACGCAGAGGCCAACGAGCAGACCGCCAAGCAGGCGCGGGAGCUGGGGGUCCAGGUGCACACGUACACGGUGGACCUGUCCAAGCGCCAGAGCAUCUAUGAGACGGCGGACAGGGUGAGGGCGGAGGUGGGCUCCGUCUCCAUCCUGGUGAACAACGCCGGCGUGGUGGCGGGACGCAGGCUGCUGGACUGUCCGGACGAGCUUCUGGAGAGGACUCUGCUGGUCAACUGCCACGCGCUGUUUUGGAUGACGAAGGCCUUCCUGCCCCAGAUGAAAGCUGAGAACCACGGUCACAUCGUCACCGUUGCCAGCGCUCUCGGACUGUUCAGCACUGCAUGUGUAGAGGAUUACUGCGCCAGUAAAUUCGGAGCGGUCGGUUUCCACGAGUCCCUGACACACGAGCUGCUGGCGGAGGACCUGGACGGCAUCAAAACCACUUUGGUGUGCCCCUAUAUUGUGGACACGGGCAUGUUUGCAGGCUGUGAGAUCAGGAAAGAGCUCCGGAGUCUGAUUCCGCCUCUGCAGCCUCUUUACACGGUGCAACAGUCCAUGAAGGCCAUUCUAGCAGAGCAGCAAAUGAUCUGCAUCCCUCGCCUCAUGUACAUCCCCUUCCUCGCAAGAGCGCUGUUACCUUGGGAUGCAAACGUUGCGACAUAUCGCUUCAUGGGAGGCGACAAGUGCAUGUUACCGUUCAUCAAGAACACAGAGAUGAAGACUUCCAACGGCCAUAUCAAAUCUUUGUAGGACUUCUGACAAUCGAUCAUGGACCGAUGAGGACACCAAAGGCUCACACAGCAGGUUGUGAUUCAUUUCGCUAUCUGAAGGGAGAGCAACGUUUCUGCACUUAUUCCCAAAAAGCUUUCAUUCAAUGUUGUAUAGAGUUCUUAGUAAUGUCAAGUGAAAAGUCGCCGUAACUGACCCUGAAGGGGUUUCUGAGUGGAAGGAAAUCCCUUAAAAAGCCAAAAGUUAAGUUAAAUAAAAGCAACUGGACAGAAAAACUGAAGAGACAGCGUUGAUAACAGAUCUAUACAAGUGCCUCUUUUUAUUCACAUUAACAAACAAGUGCGGAAACAAAGACUAGACAUUAACAAAUCUAAGGGAAACAUGCAAAAGAAAAAUAUUAAGCAUGAUGUUUGAGCCACAGACUGCAGCGUCCAGAACCGUAAGUAGGUCAAACGUACAAAAUAACAAGUCUUAAAGAAAGCCCUCCCACUUGAAUCAGAUGUUCAGCGUCCCACAAUACUGUUAAAUGUUGUUGCUGCUGCUGAAAUAAACCGACUACUGCACCAGAACCUCGUGUCCAAAUCCUUGUUAGCCUUUGCCACACAGUAAACAAAAGGCCCAAACACAAAGCAGUGAUGAAGUUAUGUCAUGUUUUGGUCAUGUCUUUAAAAACCCUUAAAAAAAACUUCCAUCAGAGAACACAUCCUAAUUCAGGCAAAAAAAAAAAAAAAAAA